AUGGCUACCCCCAGUGUCCUUACCUUUGAUGCUGAGGGUCGUGCUGUUGACUUCGAGGUCUGGGUCGAUGACCUACAGCUCUUCCUACAGUGCGACAGGGCAGACGGACUCUCCCUGUUCGAUCUCACCUCUGGUGCCUCUCCUGCCCCGCCUGCUGAUGCUGACAGCACUGUUCGCUCACAGUGGGCCACACGCGAUGCUGCUGCCCGUCUUGCUGUGCGUCGCCACUUACCGACCGCUGAGCGUGCGCACUUUAGUCAGUACAAGAGUGCUAAGACCUUGUACGACGCUGUAGUUGCACGCUACUCUUCCCCUGCCACUGCUGCUCUUAGCCGCCUCAUGCUGCCGUACCUGUUUCCUGACCUCGCCGCCUUUCCCACUGUCGCUGACCUCGUUACGCACCUUCGCACUAGUGACACCCGCUACCGCACUGCGCUUCCUGCUGAGUUCUGCCCCAAGAACCCCCCCCCCAUGUACAUCACCCUCUACUACAUAGUCACCCGGCUCCCUGACUCCCUUCGCUCGGUCAGGGACCACUUCCUCUCUGUUUGCCCCACCACACUCACCGUUGACCUCCUCGAGGAGCGCCUCCUGGUAGCUGAGAAGAGUAUAGUCGCUGUAGGAGCCUCUAGAGGUGACCCGCGUGCCCCUGUCUUUGAGGGGUGCUCCCCCUCCCCCCUUUUGCCCUCUGUUGCCUCUGCUGCUGCCGUCGACUUCGUUGGCACCGAGUCGGUCGGCGCUGCGUCUGCCCCUAGCGGGCGACGCCGCACCGGCAAGGGCAAGGGGGGCAAGGGCGUUGGAGGGGCUGGCGGGGGCGGUGGAGGUGGAGGUGGAGGAGGCGGAGGGAGUGGGGGUGGUGGUGGGAGUGGUGGCGGGGGUGGGGGCUUCGGUGGCGGCAGUGGAGGCGGAGGCGGCGGCGGCGGUGGCGGUGGGAGCGGAGGAGGAGGCGGUGGCGGUGGUGGCGGUGGUGGCGGCGGAGGAGGUGGAGCAAGUCGGGGUGGCUCUGCGCAGCGGGGCGGCUUAGGUGGUGGUCAACGCCAGAAGCAGCAGCGCACUCGUGAGACCCCGUCCCCCCAGCAGCUUCGUGAGUGGUACGCUGGGCGUCAGCGAGGUGGGGGUACUGGUCCCUGUACCUACGUCCUCCGUACCGGCGACCGCGCUGGUGAGCAGUGCGGGGGCUCGCACUCCACCCAGCGCUGCUUCGGCCGCCUAACGGACGCUUGGCGUCACCAGUUCCCUGACGCCACUGAGAUCCCUCGCUGGGGAGAGCUGUCUAGGGCGGGGGUUGCUAUCUUUGAUCUUGACUAUGAUGCUAUUCUUGCUGCCAUGUAUGCUGUGUCUACUAGUGAUGAGGGUGACCUGUGUGUCCCGCCUGACCCGGGCAUUGAGGCUGCUGCUCUAGGUGCUGGUGAGGCUGCUGCUCUAGGUGCAAGUGCGUCUGCUGCCCCAGGUGCUGGUGAGUCUGCUCUCUCAGGUACCACACCGCACCACGCUUACGCCGCUUAG